GAGACGCAUAUUCAUACUCCGCCAUCCGGACAGGUCGUAUCUUUCGCCUGAGCAAGCAUGUACCGUUGCAGUGAGUAAUGAUGAACGAGGGAGAUUAGAGCAUGGUCAUCGCGGAAGUGGACAGCGAAGCAGGAGUAGAUGGUGGUGAGGGAAGAACAGCGCACUGCAGUUCCAUCCGCUUCUAAGACGACUCCGUAUCGACAUGCGCGAGAAUGGCUAUAUGUCCACACAUCACCCAUCCCUCCACGUUGACCUACCACGGGUACAGCGAGUGGCGUGGACACUUCCCAAGGUCGAGGUAAUUCGUGCUCGUACUUUGGGGGCCAACAGCGGCGCAUCGACUAUACCUCGUCCGGCCUAGACCAUCAGCUCAAGCGCGU